GAUGCGACCGAACUCUGGUGGUACUAGUAGUUGUCUCGCCCAAGCAAUUGACUGCCCUGCUCUCUCCUGCCAUGGCCGGGGACUCGUUCGCUCGUCCCUACCUUCUAUUCAUCCUGGCCGGCCUCGCCGCCUCCUUCACCGUGACCUCGCGGGCGCAGCCGACCACGCCGGCGGAGGUCAGGGUGGGGCUCAUCAUCGACGCCGCCUCGCCCGUCGGCAAGGUCGCCAACACCACCAUCCCCAUGGCCCUCGACGACUUCUACGCCGCCUUCCCCAACUCCUCCUUCCGGGUUCGGAUCCUGCAGCACGACUCCGGCGGGGACGUCGUCGCCGCCGCGUCCGCCGCGUUGCAGCUGAUGACGACCCAGGGAGCGCGCGCCAUCCUCGGCCCGCAGUCGUCCGUCGAGGCGGCCUUCGUCGCCGACCUCGCCACGCGGGCCGAGGUCCCCGUCGUGUCCUUCUCGGCCACCAGCCCGUCGGUGUCGCCCGCCUCGCCGAGCUUCUUCGUCCGCGCCGCGGUGAGCGACGCGGCGCAGGCCGGCGCUGUCGCCGCGCUCGCCGCGCACUUCGGGUGGCGCCGCGUCGUGCCCAUCUACCAGGACGACGACUACGGCGCCGCCUUCGUGCCCUUCCUCGUCGACGCCCUCACCGCCGCGCGCGCCGAGGUCCCCUACCGCUGCGCGCUUCCGGAGGACGCGACCCCCGACGCCAUCGCCGCGGAGCUGUACCGCAUGGAGUCCGAGCAGACGCGCGUCUUUGUGCUGCACACGCGCGCCGAGGUCGCCAGGAGCGUGUUCGCCGCCGCCGCGGAGGCCGGCAUGACGGGCGCCGGCUACGCGUGGAUCAUCACCGACGGGCUCACGGGGCUCAUCGGCUUCGUCGACCCGCCGCAGGGCGUCAUCGGGCUCGCGCCCUACGUGCCGACAACGCCGCGGCUGCGCGAUGUCAAGAAGCGGUGGGCGCACCGGUACAUGAGCGACCACCGGGAAGCUGACCAUGCGCAAGCCGUGAUGGGCUGCUACGCUCUGUGGGCGUACGACGCCGCGUGGGCCGUCGCGUCCGCGGCAGAGCGACUCAGCCCCAGCGACUUAUCAUCGCCGCCGGGGCUGGCAGGCGGCAAGGGCGGCCCCACCGACAUCUCCGGGCUCGGCAAGUCAAGAUCGGGCGACAAGCUCCUCCGAGCCAUCAGCGACGCGACAUUCGAGGGCCUCGGCGGCGGGUUCGAGCUCAUCGGCGGCGAGCUCGCGGUGCCGGCCUUCCGCGUGGUAAGCAUCGUGCACGAUGGAACGGGGAGGGGCAUCGGGUUCUGGACGCCGAAGUACGGGCUGAGCCGACAUGUCGAUUGCGGUUCCAGCAAAGCGGAUGGCGAGCUCUCGCCGUUCAUCUGGCCGGGAGAGUCGACCGUCCGGCCAAGAGGGUGGGUGCAGCCGACGAGCGCCGCGAAGCUACGGGUGGCGGUGCCGGGGAUGAUCCCGCCCGGCUACCGGGCGAUCUUGUACCUUGACGUGGACCCGGAGACGAACCGGACGACGGCCGGCGGGUUUGUGAUCGAGGCGUUCGAGGCGGCGGUGCGGCUGCUUCCGUACGCUCUGCCGUUCGAGUACGUGAAGGCGGACCGCAUGCCCUACGACCAGUUGGCCGAGGCAGUUAACAACGGGAAAUUCGACGCGGUGGUGGCGGACAUGACCAUCACGGCUAAGCGAUCAAACCACGUGGACUUCACGAUGCCUUUCGUGGCCACGUCAAUCACCAUGAUCGUACAGCUGCGCGACCAACGGGGCAGCAACAAGUGGACGUGGGUCUUCCUCAAACCACUCAGCUCUGGCCUCUGGAUCGUCAGCGCCUUCUUCUUCCUCUUCACCGGCUUCGUGGUGUGGGCCAUCGAGCGCCGCGACAACGAGAGAUUCGGCGGGACGCCGUCUAACCAGGCGGGCAUCAUGUUCUACUUCGGCUUCUCCACCCUCGUCUUCACCCACAACGAGAGGCUCAAGAGCAACCUGUCGAGGAUGGUGGUGGUGGUGUGGGUCUUCGUGGUGCUCAUCCUGCAGUCCAGCUACACCGCCAGCCUCACCUCCUUGCUCACGGUGCCGCGGAUCGGGCCGGCCAUCGCGGACUACCGCACACUGCUGGAGGGCACGGCGGAGAAGGUCGGGGUCCUCAACAACUCCUUCCUCGCCCGGCAGGCCAUAGACCAGUUCGGGCUCCCAGAGGCGAGGGUGGCGCGGCUCCAGGACGUGCAGAGCUUCCAGGAGGCGCUGCUGAACGGCAGCAUCGGCGCCAUCAUCACCGAGACGCCGUACCUCAGCAUCUUCCUCGAGGCCUACCGGGAGAACUUCACCGCCACCGGCCAGCCCAACAUGACCAGCGGCUUCGCGUUCGCGUUCCCCAAGGGGUCGCCGUACGUGACGGACCUGUCGCACGCGAUGCUCAACCUCACCGAGAGCGACGAGAUGAAUAGGAUCGAGCGCAAGUGGCUCGGUGACUACAGGUCACAGGGGCAGGGCGGCGGGCCGUUCACCGCGAACCCGCUCAGGUUCAGCAGCUUCGGAAGCCUGUUCGUCAUCACCGGCGCCACCUCGCUCGUUUGCCUCACUAUCCACCUCGCUUUCUUCCGUAGGAAGGAGGACUACUGGCUGCCCCUCCCGGAGAUCAUGUCACGCCCAUCGUCGAUGGUCAGGCUCCGGAUGUUGGCCAAGCUCUUUGACAGAAAGGUCUACAGCGAAACUAUGCCCGACCGGAACCAGAACGAUGUGGGAGCGGUUGCCUUCCCUCAUCCCUCCGACGGUGUGAGCAUUGUUGGCAGGCUGUCCAGUGCGCCACCCACAAACAAUGGGUCGGUUGAGAUGGCAACCCAGACAACCAGUGCGAUUGAGCCGGUCGGCGGUGGCUAGGCGGCGGAGGAGGCAGCUCGUGCUCGUCUGUCCCUUGUAGUAAACGACAAAUGACAACAAUUAUUUGAUGCUAUGUAAAGUCUUUGUACGAUUUUUUUGUUGCUAACUUGUAAGAAGAAGGAAUUAGUAGUGGGGAGUUUUCGUUUAGGUGGAUUCGUGUUGUACUACUAUCAUUGUAUACAUACCCCCUCGGUUUCAAAUUAACUGAAACUGUUUGAUGUUGUAAAUCUUA